AGAGCUGCAAAAAAAAAACUCUCAGACGCUCGCCAGAAAGAGAUAGAGCUGUGUGAGAAGGGAAACCCAUCAUGAAUCUGCUGGAAAGCGGUGUUCUCUGCUGUGUCCUUGUGGCGAUCGUGCAAGUGGAUGGAAACAAUUAUCCUCAUCACAGACACUGGAGCUUCCAGGAGCCACCAACUCCCAGAGACACUGAGCCAGCCCUUGCCCAGCACAGGAACGUCCAGCAAGUCACAGGAUUACAAUGUAAAAGUCGACCCCAUGACCUGGUUUUUAUCAUCGAUAGCUCCCGUAGCGUCCGGCCCCAGGAAUUUGAGAAGGUGAAGAUCUUCUUGGCAGAUAUGGUUGACACAUUGGACAUUACACCUGAUACCACUCGGUUGGGAAUAAUCAACUAUGCAAGCAGUGUGAAAAUAGAAUUCAAGCUCAAUACCUACAAUAAUAAAGCUGACAUAAAACAGGCAGUUUCCCGAAUUCAACCCCUUUCCACUGGUACUAUGACAGGCCUGGCCAUUGAGAAGGCUAUGAAGGAAGCCUUUACUCAGACAUCAGGGGCCAGAUCUGUGGACCAAGGAAUUUCCAAACUAGCCAUCAUUGUGACAGAUGGGAGGCCCCAGGAUGAGGUAGCUGAAAUAGCCAAAAAAGCUCGAGCAUCUGGCAUUGAAAUCUAUGCUGUUGGGGUGGACAGAGCUGAUAUGCAGUCUCUCAGACUAAUGGCCAGUGAGCCCUUGGAUGACCAUGUCUUCUAUGUGGAGACAUACGGUGUGAUCGAGAAGCUGACCUCCAGGUUCAUGGAGACACUUUGUGGUGUGGAUAUGUGCGCUGUUGGGAAUCAUGACUGCGAACAAAUAUGUGUGAGCACCACAGAAUCCUAUUACUGCAGGUGCCGUGAAGGGUUUAUCUUGAAUGAAGAUCAAAAAACUUGUUCAAAAGUUCGCAAACCAACCCCUCCUCAAAACCCAUGCAAGUGUGAAGCACUUCUUGAUUUUCAAAGGAAUGUCCAAUCUACAUUUCAAGCACUUACCAGCAAAUUGGAGGAAUUAACAUCAAAAGUGCAAGGAUUUCAGUACAUCCUGGGUCGAUACUGAACAUUGUGCAAGCACUCUGUUUGAAGGGUGCACUAUUUCCCCCCUUUCGCUCAUUGGUUUUACUAUAACUGCCUCUUCUAUUGAGGAAUACUAUUUCAAAGCUUUAAUUGUAAUAAUGUCUUUCUGAUAAUUGCAGUUGCUUUUAUUUUCAAGCUCCAGUGAUAGCUUUUAAGAGGUGUGAGAGAUGCAGAGAAUUUUAGACAUGUGCCUUGAGAACAAUAUGGGAAAUGCAAGGUUGGCUGAAGGCCAUAUGGCCCACUGAAGCUACAAAUCACUCUGUCUCUUUGCGUUUUCUACAUAUCUCAUUCACUUUCUGUUUUUCUAGGUCUUUAUAAGUAGAAAAUCGCUUUAUCUUAAAAACCUGGAGGAAAACAACACACUAUUUUUAGCGCUGAGGGUAUUUGGAUUCCAUUGGCUAAACUGCUGAAACUAUUAAGCACAUUAUUUAAAUGCUGUACCAGAGCUACUAUUAUAUUUACACAAUUAGCAACUAAAAUAUGCAUAAAAGAAUGCUCAGAAAUAAUAUGUACAAACAAGAUUGUUUGAUGUUCUUUGCCAGAAAGCCAGCAAUGUAAGCUUAACUGAAUAUAAUAUCUUGUCAUUGUUAGAAAUGUAAAGAGAUGCUAUUGACAUCAUUUGGCUACAGUUUCCCUUUUGAAUAAAAUGACAAUCUUAUUUCAAAAAUUAUCAAAAGAUAUAUUUGAUAAUA